AUGGAGCCGCCCCGAGACAUGGGCAAGGUUUCCAACACAGAAGAUAACCGCAACGGGCGGGUCCAUUCCCUGUACACAGCCCAGAGGAUUCCCCGUACCAACUUGGAAAACACACAUGCUAGAGGGUCGGAGUUCUCUUCUGCAGCCCGUAACAUCCAGGAGCAGGGCAAGACCUUGAAUCGGCCCAAAGACGAGGCCAAGGAGGGUCCUGGGCACCGGCUGCUGAAUAUGCUGAGAAAAACUCUUAAAGGGUCUGAAAGUAAAGAACUAGAAGUAACACCUGAGGCACCAACUUUGGUGCCAUUUGGGGAUGUGGUUGGCUGCCUAGCCAUUCAUGUAAAGAACUGCAAACAUUUUACGCCUAAGAUCGGUUUACAACAUUACAGUAAUUUGUUCAUUCGUGUCUCUAUUAACAACGUGGUGAAAUGUACAAAAAAGUGUAGCUUGCUACCCCCAAACAAUGAAGAGGACACUGUAAUUACAUUUGAUGAAGUGAAAUAUUUUUCUGUACAGGUUCCUCGACGUCAAGAUGAUGAGAAGAAUAAUAUUUACUUAGAACUAAUGCAACAUGACAGUACAAAAUAUCUUCUCUUAUUAGGGAGUGUUCAGGUACAUCUUUAUGAAAUAAUUCAGAAAGGGUGCUUUACUGAAGAACUCCGAAUGUUGAAUAAAAACACAUUUAUCUGCAGGGCGGAAGUGGAAUUUAUGUUCUCCUAUGGAAACUUUGGUUAUGGAUUUUCACAUCAGUUAAAACCUCUUCAGAAAAUUAUUAAGCCAUCUAUGUUUAUGAAUAUUGCACCACCUCCAGAAAGAACAGACCCUGUGACAAAUGUUAUUAUACCACAACCAAUAGAAUAUCCAGCAUUCUUAUCCCCAGACCUGAAUGUUUCUGUUGGGGUGCCAACUACAGCAUCCCAAUCCAACCAGCCAUCUGUAGUACGACUUGAAAAACUUCAGCAACAACCCCGGGCAAGGCUAGAAAAAAUGAAAAAAGAAUAUAGACGUCUGAGUACAUGGAUAGAAAAAGCUAGCUACUUAGAAGGAGUUCUUACCCCAAGAUUGGAACGUAAAGAAUCUAAGGAAAGUAAUACCAAUGAGGUACUUGAAAGCCAAUUGGAAGACAGACCUACAGAUAUUGUAACAUCAGAUAUCCGUCUUAUAAAGGAAGAAGCUGAAACUAUUCCAAAUGAGUUACUGGAUAACGAUGAUAAGACAGGCCUGAUUCUACCAACUUUGAACCAGUCGGGUGAAGAUGAUUCAAAUGUUGUUGCUCCUAAAAGUGACAUGUCAACAAAGGAAACAGAUGCUCCAUUGCCCACUAUUCCUAGGCUGAUGUUAACAGAAGAGGACAAAAUACCAUCUUUAGAGGAACACCAGCAAGAAGCUAUGCCGGAGAUAAAAAUGAAAAAUCUAUUCUUCCCACGAAAAGAAAAACUGAAAGAUAGAUAUCCAAGCCUUUUAAAAACUGACUCAUCUUCAUCAGAGGUAAAGUUGAAAAAUAUCCAUAUAAAUCCAGGUAGAAUAAAGAGGAGGAACUUAAAUUUAUCUCCAACAGAAAUUAGGUGGCAAAGCAACAGUCUGAGCUCAGCUUGA